AUGUCUUUGCAUAAUGUUAGCAGUUCUAUGGGUUGUUCUGCUAAAAUCAUUCAACGUUGGACUAUAGAUAAUUGGGAAAGAGAAGGGCCAACAGAUAGAUCUACAGCUUUGGAUGGAUCAAUGGAUGCUACUAUUUUUAUGCCAAAUGUAUUCCCGGCACUUAUUGGCUAUUUGUUCGUCAAUUUUUUUCUUGUUGCAAUUUGCAUAACAUUGGCCCUUCCAGCAGGAAUUUUUGUUCCCUCUUUUGUGAUUGGUGCUUGUGGGGGCAGAAUUAUUGGAGAAUUGAUGGUUGUUAUGUUUCCAGCAGGCAUUAGAGGUGUUGAUGGUCCCCAAAUUUAUCCUGGCUUGUAUGCUGUUGUGGGAGCAGCAGCCUAUACAGGUGCUGUUACCCAUUCAUUGUCUAUCGCCGUUAUUGUAUGCGAAACUACAGGACAACUGAGUCCUUUAUUACCUGUUUUAGUAGCCCUAAUGGUAGCUAAUGCUGUCAGUUCUUUUCUACAGCCUUCUAUUUACGAGUCAAUAAUAAACAUUCGAAAAUAUCCUCAUUUGGCAGAAUUGCCACCUUCUCGUAUUAGUGUACACACACUUAAAGUUGAACAGAUUAUGGUUCGAGAUGUUGUUUUCAUUACAAAAUUAACUAGCUACAAAGAAUUGAGAGAAUUGCUGCUGGCUACGCCUCAUUUGAGAUCUUACCCGUUGGUUACUGACGAAGAAGAAAAAAUUCUUCUCGGUUCUGUUUCACGUAAAUAUCUUCAUUUCUUACUGACUGACCGUCUUGGCCCCGACCCUUCUUUAUUAUUACAUAGAAGUCGUAGAAGGAAAAGCAGACCAACAACAACAACAAAUACAGAAAAUACUGGAGAAAAUAUAAAUUUAAACAAUAAAAGAUUGGACAGUAUAAGUAGAAGGAAUGUUGAAUCCAUGCGUUUAUUGCCUGGGGCAAUGCCGCCAAAAAUGUCGGUUAUUAAUGAAAGGAAUUUGUUUGGAAAUACACUUCUUUCAAUCAGUCCUCUGCAUGAAGAUAGAGGAUCAAAAAGAAAUGUUCUAGCUCCAUUAUUAUUAAGGCAACAAGGAUUUCACCAAAUGCCGUUGUCUUCUAAAUUGGACGGCGUCCGUUCUUCUCGUAAUCGUUCUGCAUUACUUCGACAACCUAUCGACCUAGAUGAUGAAUUGGCUAUUGAUGCAGCCCCUUUUCAAUUAGUUAUUGGAACAAGUCUAUACAAAGUUCACACACUAUUUUCUCUCUUAGGCUUAAAUCAUGCUUAUGUUACACAUAGAGGACGUUUAGUGGGAGUUGUGGCACUCAGAGAGUUACGAGCAGCCCUAGCCAACAUAUAUACACGUGGAGCAGUUCCCCCAGACCAGUCAAUGUCCAGACUUCGACUCAACAGUUCUGGCAAUGAUUUAAUUCUUGGAAUUUCAAAUAAUAAUACAAAUAGUAGAAAUAAUAGUGAAGAAAAUGAAGGGAAUAAUAAUAAUAUUUAUUGUCAAACUACUCCAAGUACUGUUGCCGUUAGUGAUGUUGGCGGGGGAAGUGGUGAAGGGGAAGAGAAUAAUAAUAUUACUACUAGUACUACUACUAGGUAUAAUUAAAUUAAACUUUUGAAAUCUCUAUCCUAAAGCCUUGUCUUAUCAUACCAAAAAUCUCUACUUUAUCCCCCCCCCCCCCCAAAUGGAUAAAGUUUAGAAUUAGCCAACCUUUUAUCUGAUCCCACCUAGAUGAGGUAAGAUAGAUAUCAAUCAAUCCCGAUCCUAUCCCCUAUAUCAAUCCUUACAUUAUCCCAUUACAAUGUCUAUCAUAUUCCACCUAACUGAACCUUUCUUUGAAACAACACAAAGCUUUAUGGGAGUGUGGGGUAUAUUAGUGAUAGGAGAUAGGAGCCUUAAUGUUGUAAAACACAGGUUGACAUUUGGAAGGCAGAAUAUAAUCUCUAUUGUAUCCCACCUUGAAAAUACCUUAGAAAAUAUCAGAUAAAUACUAGGAUAUGUCGUAGAAAGAUUGGGAUAAUGGAGGAAAUACCGUACCUGAAUUUCUCUCAAAAGCUAGAGACAACAGGAAUGAAGAGAUUUUUCUCUAACCCCAGAGAAAAUUUUUUAAUUUUAAAAUUUAAUUUUUUCAAAUUUUCAGUGUAUUCC